AUGAACCACUCGACUGAGCCGUCUCCUUUAGAGGAAAUGGCUCCUGAGGAGUUUGAUGGUGGGACAGUGGUGGCUUGUGUGAUCCUGGGCCUGUCUUUUCUCGUAGGAACUCCGGGGAACCUGCUGGUGAUCUGGACUAUCCUGAGACACGUCAAGCAGUGUUCCCACACUGUGAUCCUCAUCCUGCACCUGGCUGUUGCAGACCUGCUGGUCCUCAUCACCCUGCCUUUGUGGAUCUACUCGAUGGCCCACUAUUGGGUGUUUGGAGAAGCCUCCUGCAAAACCAUGGUGUUCAUGAUCAACGCCUGUAUGUACAGCAGCGUUUUCCUCAUCACCCUCAUGAGUGUGGAACGCUUUGUGGCAGUGCGGUAUCCCUUUGCCUCAGCUGGCUGGAAAAGGAAAAAAGCUUUGAAUAAAGUCCUGCUGGCUCUGUGGACUGCAGCAUUCUUGUUCAGCAUACCUGUCAUCCCGACUCAGGUUGUUGGGACGGAGUCCGGUGAGGAGCACUGUCUGUACAGGGAAUACUCUUCUCCGACCCAGGAGCUGGUGUUCGUGCUGCUAGAGACACUGGUGGGCUAUGUAAUACCCUUCUUCAUCCUCGUGGUCUGCUAUGGCUGCCUGUGCAGCCGGAUUACUCAGAUGACCUUCAAGUCCAAACGCAAGUCCACAGUCCUAAUUGCCAGUGUCGUGAUCGUGUUUGCCAUCUGUUGGACGCCUCAUCACAUAGGAAACGUCCUCUCCCUUGUCAUCAUGGCCACUGAAGAUGCCCUCCCCAAGGUAGCAGAGAAUCUGGAGGGGGCCAGGAGCACCAUGGCCUUCAUCGCUGGAGCCAUGGUGUUCAUCAGCAGCACGGUUAAUCCUAUCCUCUACAUGUUCGCUGCCCGCUCCUUCAGGAGCUCUCUGCGUGACACCGGCAUCCAGAAGCUUUUCCGCCAUAUCUCCAGCACGUCCCCAGGUGAGGGCAAUAAAGAGUUGUCCUUUGUGUCCAAGAGACACAGCAAUCAGACCCACAGUUCUCAGUGUGUGUCUGAGUCAAAGGACCAAAUGGACAUAUUAGUAAAAAUGUGUGAAAAUAGUUCAUCCUGAUAUUAAAAAAGGUCAGUGCUGUGUGUAUAUAUGCAUGUGUAUACUGUAUGUAUGUUUUAAUGAAGAUUUUGACUAAAAUGAAGCUUAUUUUGUAUGGAAUUAUAACACAGAGAAACAGGAAGUCGGAGUUUAUCUGUGCAAUACUUGUCCAACUCUGUAAAUAACCUAUUUUGCAUGUUUCUUUUCUAAAUGGUGAACAUUAUAUUUAUAAACAUGUCAUAUAUUGUGUACCUACAAGUAAAGCCAUAUGUGAAUUGCACAAUAAAUAUUUCUAUAUACAUAAGAAAUGUGUCAUUCUAAUGUUGUCAUUAUACUAAAUUUUCUUGAUGCCAAUGAAGGGAAAUUAUAUGGAUUAUG